AUGCCGCCUCCAGGAAGCACGUGGACUACCACUACCAGCAGCUAUGCAGCGCGCCUUCGCAGCGGCUUUACCAGGAGCCGCCUCCACACCGACGACGAGAUCUUCGAGCUGUGCGUGGCGCCCGACCCCGUCCGGCAGGUGGAGAGCGACCUCGAGCGCCUGCUGCCGGCCGCGGAGCUCGCCCAGCAGAUGCUGCUCGACGCCCUGCUCGGCGGCGAGCCUCCCGACGGGCACGCGGAGUGGCCCACCUCGGGGAACAGACACCAGAAGCCGGCCGCCGCGCCGCUGGCGCUGGGCGUGUACAACCCGGGCGCCAAGGAGCGCGGGGCGGCGGAGAGGAAGCAGCUGGCGCGCUAUGCCCCCGGGGAGGGGCGCGGCUGCUGCUGGAGCCUGCUCGACCUGGCGCGCGUGAGCCUCGUGUUCCCGAGCUACCGGGCGCUGCAGUCCAGCCUGGACGCCUUCCUCACGAGCGGCGAGUUCGACGUGGUCCUCGUCCGCAACUUCUUCCGCACGCCCUCCCGACUGGGCGCCCGCCACGUGGACGUCUACGUGGCGUUCCCCGUGCCCGGCGAGGGCGGCAGCGACCCCACGCUGCACAUUUGCGAGGUCCGCUUCGAGGAGCAGUCGUGGAUGAAGGCCCGGCUCGAGGGAGCUGCCCCGCACGUCGACAGCUUCUUCGACGCGUUCCGGCGCACCCUCGUCACCCUGCCCGGGGUGGCGGACCUGGAGCUCGCGAGCCACCUCGCCCAGGACGUGCUCACGUCGCAGCCGGAGACCGGCAUGCUGAAGCACUUCCGACGCAGCCUGGCCCGCCAGCAGCUGGGGUCCAGCGUCGCCAUCUGGCGGGACGUCGUCCCCGGGCGCCGCCUCGACUUCCCCGCCUUCAGGGACAUCUCGAAGAACAUCUGCCGGGCGCUCGGCGAGAAGAAGGAGCACAUGACCGCCCUGUGGACCGAGAUGGACCCCGGCUUCGCAGGGUGCGUCUCUUUGUUCGACUUCGACGCCGAGGCCGCCGCAUCCCUGAAGAGGUUCCGGGACCGCGUGCUCACCCUCGGUGGCGGCGAGGAGGAGCCCGGCGCGCCGGCCGCGCCGACUGGCGCGAGGGACAGGCUGGACGCGGUCCUGCGCGGGAUCCACGCCCUGGUCCAGCCGCGCGCCCGGGGCCAGCUCGGCCGCUUCGAGUUCCAGCGGCUGGCGCAGAGCCUGGGCAUCCUGGCCCCCGAGGCGGCGCGCAUCCUGGCCUGCCUGGACAGGUGCAGGAUGAUGGACCAGCGCGGGCAGGGGCAGGUGUUCGUCAGGGACGCCGACAUCGGCUGGCUGCUCUCCCUGGACCGACUCGUGGACCUCGGCGCCGCGUGCCUGGAGGACCACCGGCGGCCGGCCGGGGAGGCCUCCGGCCCGUGGGACGCCAGCGACAGCCCCCAGCAGCAGGGGUGGAACUUCUCGGAGAGGAGGUCGUCGACCCGAGCGCCCUCGCGCGGCGCGCCUCGCAGGGCAGCGAGGGGGACUCGGAGCCCAUGGAGCCCGAGGGCGAGGAGACCCCGGGCCUGCAGGGCGAGCCGCCCUCGAGGCGGGCGAGCGCGGCGCCCUGAGGCCGCGGCGCGGGCCGCCGCGCUCGAGCGGGGGAGAGCGGCGAGCGGCGCGGGCUCCCGAGCGGCGCGCGCUCCCCGAGCGCGUCACUACACGCCCUGGGAGAGGUCCGGGAAGUGGCGGCAGCGAUGCCUCCUUGCCCCCCAGCGGUUCUCUUUGUACAAGCGGACGCUCCGCCCUCCCCGGCCCCUCGGGAGCGGAGGGCCCCCGGCAGCCAGGGGCGCCCCGCUUCGGGGGGGGAGGAGGGAAUGGCUCCUCUGCAUUUGUUGUGCGGGCGGUUGA